AUGGUCGAGCUACUUGACAAUGAACAACAAUUACGUCGUUGUCGUGCUCGUACCCUUUCAGAACGUCGAUCCAUUUCAAAUCGGAAUAAGGUUGUCACCUUUCUUAAGGACAUUGACACACAUGGUGCAUGGCGCCUCAAAGUUUGUUUUCGGCGUUUAUUACUUGUCCCUUAUUCUUCCACACCAUCACCUUAUUUUGAUCAUGCAUUCCACCGGCUUUUGGCUCGCACAACUUACAAUGGUCUGGAUCUCGUCACUUUCACCCGUAAACAAUUUCGGUACAGCCUUUUGAUCCCCUUUCACCAACUCCCCGACCUUUACCCACGUGCAUCCAAAUCCGAAUGGCGACGCUUUUGGUCUUCACCUUUUCCCCAACGCAUCAUUACGGUUCUUUGGCGCUUACAUCACCUCCGCAUACCAUGUCGAGCACGUUUGCAUCACAUUGCACCCAACAUCGCUCCGUCACCAAUCUGCCCUAUUUGUCAAUCUUUCAAUGUCCCUGGUUUGCAACCCGUUGAGGAUGACAAGCACUUUUUCUUCUCUUGUCCUUUUGUCCAACCUUUUUGGCGACGUCUUUUCGACCAUUACAUCCCCGCCACAGGUCCCAUAAGGCCUUAA